GCCCGGGGUUCCCUUCUCCCUUCCCUCCCUCCCUCUGUCCCGCUCCGUCUUCCCCCUCCCGGCGAGGGCCGGCCCUGCGGGGAGCCGGCUGGGGAAAGUUGGAGGAAAGUUGCUAGCUGGGAAAGUUUAGAAGCGGGAGAGCCGCGGCCCCGGCAGCCCGGCCUCUCCGCCGCGCUCCACGGGAGGGAGGGCCGAGGAUGGCCGGCGGGGAAGGAGCGGGCUCCGGCGUGCCGGAGUGCCGGGAGCACCUCUUCAAGGUGCUGGUGAUCGGGGAGCUGGGUGUGGGGAAAACCAGCAUUAUCAAGCGGUACGUGCACCAGCUCUUCUCCCAGCACUACCGGGCCACUAUCGGCGUGGAUUUCGCGCUCAAAGUCAUCAACUGGGACAGCAAGACUCUGGUGCGGCUGCAGCUCUGGGAUAUAGCAGGCCAGGAGCGCUUUGGAAAUAUGACCAGAGUAUACUACAAAGAGGCAGUUGGUGCUUUUGUGGUCUUUGAUGUCACAAGAGGCUCCACUUUUGAGGCUGUUUCAAAAUGGAAGCAUGAUUUGGACAGUAAAGUACUACUUCCCAAUGGCAGCCCCAUCCCUGCUGUUCUUCUUGCAAACAAGUGUGACCAGAAGAAAGAUGGCAGCCAGAAUCCCUCUCAGAUGGACCAGUUCUGCAGAGAAGGUGGCUUUGUUGGAUGGUUUGAAACAUCUGCCAAGGACAACAUCAACAUAGACGAAGCUGCUCGAUUCUUGGUGGAAAACAUCCUUGCCAACUACAAAACCUUCCCUAAUGAAGAGAAUGAUGUGGGGAAACCAAAACUGGACAUAGACCCAUUGAAAGCAGAGAGUAAAUCACAGUGCUGCUAAUGCUACCACUGUUAAGUAAAUGUGAUGGGAUGAGCAGCAAGACUGUUCCUUAAAUCAAAAUGCUGCUAUGGUGCUGCAUUGUGACAAUCCAUAUGGGGUGUCUGGUACUAUCUGCAUUGGUGACUCGUUUGGGUGUUUACAUAUUUUCGUUUAGCAUGAAACUGUAUCUUGUGAGUUAUCAUUCCACUUGCUUAAAUGACUGCAUCUAAGUCUGAUUAGUGUCUUCUUACUUGAGAACAUAAGGUAGUGUUUACACUCCUAAAAAGGAACAAAGACAACAUUCAGCGUCUUGUUUGCUUCUAUGACAUAUGCUACAUUCCAAAUAGGACUCACUUGUCAAGGUUUUAGCUGAAUAGACACUUGCACCUUUAAAGUAAACUUUUCCUUUGUCACCAAUGAUGUCUCACUUUAGCCUUCUCACCUGCACAAUUGUCCCUAUUUAUUAUCCCCCACCAUGAGGGUCUGUCUCAUUGCUAGUUGUCCUGGACCAAAACAUCCCAGAAAUCUUGAAGGGGGCCAAUGACAGAUGGGAGGUAUCUUUCCUAGUGUGAUCACUAGGACUGAGUGGAAUAGAUGGCUUUUACCACUGAGUUAAACCAAUAUGGUUAAAUUAUUGUAUUUAACAAGGGAAAGACAUGGUUAUAGAGAUAAUAACAAAAAUGCAUCUCCAGCCAUUUAAGGCAGAAUAUUUUCAGCUAAUACUUUACAUAUGAAACACAUUAAUAAUACAAUUGUACUGCUGGCACAUAGUUAUGGUAACCUCACCUGUAUGCAAACCCAGAAAUAAACAUUCAGUGACUUUUUCAUGCACUAACACUGAAAGCUUUACCAAGAGUGCAAAAAGUACUUACCUUACUGUCCUGUGAUAAUGAACUUCCUUCUUUUUUCUUCUGUCUUGAGAUGGUUCUGAAUACCAUGAGGAAAGAGAGAGGUCUUGAAGGAAAUAGCUUAACUGGUUCAUGCUAGUCUGUCAACCCCCUUGCCCCAAGCUCUAUCUCGUUCAGUUUUAGAACAGUGCUGUGCUCUUUUGCCUACUUUGAACUGAUGAACUGGCUUACCUGUUUGUAACUGUAUACUGAGAUGCUUGUUUCUUAUAACACUCAUAUGCAUUUUUGGCAGCAAAUGAAGAUCAAAAGGGUUAGAGAGAUUUCAUGGUUCUCGAAUGCAUUCUGGAACUCUGGCUCUGCCUGGCUCAAAGGCUUUGAAGCUCCUCUUUGUAUUAAGGGUUUCUUCUGUCCCAUAACUCAUUGCUACUGAAUUUGGAAGUCUUAUCUUGCUUGGUUUGAUGGUGCUGAUGUUUACUUAAACAUCAGAAUUAAGUAUGUGCAGGAUUUGAUAUACUUUAAUCUGUACUGAGAUUUCUUAGGCUUGUUUUCUAAAGAGUAAUGUAAUUUUUAAGAGAUAAAUAAAUAAAUAUUUUGGGGCAUCUUAUGUAUGUUGUUGGUGUGUGCUUUUGAGAACAUGAAUUUUCACAUAUGUUCCACACUAUACUCAAAUGCUUUCACUGACAUUUGAAAACAACUUCAUCUUCUAGUACCUGCUAUGUUAAAGGUUUAUUUGAAAUUGCCACAGUAAGGCUUGGCAUAAGCUAAAACUGAGUUUAAUUAGCUAAAGAUCCUAAGGUAAUUCCGAUAAAAGGUUUCUUAGAACGCCUUCUAAGCCAACAUCUUUCUCCAAGCAAAAUCAUAGCAGUGUGCUUAGGUGUUCACGGGGUCUGGUCUUAAACUUUAAAAAAUGCAGAAUAUAUGGCCCUGGCAAAAUUAUUCAAUGCCUGACUGUCCCCUGAGCAUUUAACUAGUGUGAACCUUUGUAACUUUCAUUUAUGUCCAUGGUCUCCUAUCUUUCUACUGUACACCAUUGUAAAGAAUGUGUCCUUUAGAUUUGUGCAGACUUAUUGGACACAUAAAGCUUGAUUGGUAUUUUUUUCCUUUGAAAGCCUGUAGCACUUCAGAGAGGAAGUUGCAUCCCAUUCAUGUUCCUUGCCUGCUGGUUUGUCUGAGUUGUUAACCUUUCUUGCUAACCUGAAACUACCAUAAUCUUCCUAUUCAAUCACUUGGACAACUCCAUUUAGACUGUAAACUCACUCUUGAUUAGGUGUCUAAUCUCCUAUGUACUGUCUUUUUCUAAACUUUAAUUAAAGCUGCACAAAUGUAAAUGCCUACUUUACUGGGGAAACAGCUGGUGGAAUUAGAUUUUUUGUUCCCCAAACAGCUUUUUCUUGGGUUUAGUGUUUAGAUUCAGUAGCAGAAUGGAGACCAAACUCUGAAGCCUUGGGACUGUACCUGAAUGCCAGGAAUCUCAGCUGGGUCCUAUGAGUAACAAUGUAAUCCUAUGCAGGUUAGUUUCAAGAAUGUCUGCCAAAAUUUCUGCUUGAUGUGUUUUUGCUGCUAUAUUAAAGCACUUUACUUAUUCUGUAUGUAACUUCUAAACCUCUGCAUGAAUGGGGAAUAGUUUAAGUCAUUCUUAGAGACACAAUGCCUGAGUAACCAUUUGAUAUAUGGUGAUAAAAGGAAAUAUUAGAGAAGAAGUAUGUGCAGUAAAACCAUGGUAUUGAAUCGUGGAACACUUGGCUCUUAAACUGUUGAUUCCUUAUCUUAGUCUUAAUGUCUUGCUACUGACCUUGAUUGUAAACAGAACACCUCCUUUGCUAUAGUAACACAGUUCUCUAAGUGUGUUUAUGCCUUCAUCCUUCAUAUGAUGAACUGCUAGAGGAUUGAAGAAAUGGGGUUAGCAGUAUGUCAGGAAUAAAAAUUAUAUUAACAAAAUUCUCGAGAGAUGAUAAUGAUUCUGAAUGGAAAUACAUCAUUCACUUGACAGUAUGCAGAAGGUCACUUCAGAGUUCGUUGUCCUUAGCAAAAUAAUGUUGAAUAUAACGAAUAUACUAGAUUCAGAUCUACCUAUAUAGUGAAGAUUAUUUGUGCCUGUAUUGUACAUGGUCAUCAUGAUGCUCUUUUUGUAGCUCAUUUCGCUGCUUCAGUUUGUGUAAACAGGAAAAGUAUUUGGUGUAUUUUUAAAUACGUGAUUAUGGCCUCUUUUUUAUCACCACCUAAUAUAGCAUUCAGUCAGUGAAAACUUGUUGCUUAGACUUCCUACAUGGCUUUCAUACUCAUAUGAAUAAAUUUUACUAAAUGGUUAUUUUAUUGUUUUGAUCUGUGCAAAUACAAAAUUCCUUCUGACCCAAGUACACUAACAAAAUUCGUUUUUUUAGGUAGAGAUAGCACUUUGGGUAGCUUUGGCUCAGUAAGU